CACCGGCGGGGCCAGCUCCAGUCGGUGAAGCCCAGGGCGGUGGGGUUUCGUGCUUGCUGCUUUCCCCCCUCCGCUCAUGUAAUGCACUCCCUGAAACAAGAAAUCCAAGCGUUCUCCCGGAAUGAUCUCAGGAAGCAGGGCACCAGGGUGACCACGCUAACUGGAAAGAAAAUGAUAGAAACCUGGAGGGAGGCCACACUUCACGUUGUGGAAGCCGAGCCCAGCGGUGACGCUGGCUGUGGCUAUGUGCAGGACUUUAGCUUGGACCUGCAGGUUGGCGUUGUUAAGCCCUGGCUGCUUCUGGGCUCACAGGAUGCUGCUCAUGAUCUGGAGCUGCUGCGGAAGCACAAGGUGACUCAUAUUCUCAAUGUUGCAUAUGGAGUUGAAAAUGCUUUCCUCAGUGAAUUUACAUAUAAGACUAUUUCUAUAUUGGAUGUGCCUGAAACCAAUAUCCUGUCUUAUUUUCCAGAAUGUUUUGAGUUUAUUGAGCAAGCGAAACUGAAGGAUGGCGUGGUUCUCGUUCACUGUAACGCAGGGGUUUCCAGGGCCGCGGCGGUUGUCAUCGGCUUCCUCAUGAGUUCCGAAGAACUCGCGUUCACCACUGCUUUGUCGCUGGUGAAAGGUGCGAGGCCGUCCGUGUGUCCGAACCCCGGCUUCGUGGACCAGCUCCGCACCUACCGAGUGGGCAAAGGGAGCAGUGGCGGCGACCAAGCACCCGGCGACCAGGCACCCGCAGUGGACACGGCCCGCGGGUCGUGAUCCGCACCCCAACAGAGACAGACACACAGACACCUGCAUCUGCCUCUGUUUCGGAGACAAACUUGUAAAACUUCCCUUUUCUGUUAUCUUUUACCGGUGGACAGGGAGGUUGCUUUCACCGCCCUGAAUUAAUGCUUUUUUUAAGUUUUGCCUUUCCUUUGUUAUUGCAAUAUCUGGUUAAGUGUUUCUUUGAAUUAUAAGAGAAAUAGGUAUAUUAUCAAAUCAGUAAACAUUGAUAUGUGUAGGAGACACUUUAAACAAAACAAACAAACAAACAAACAAAAACCUUAGUUACAGUUAGAAAAACAAUGAAGUCUUUUAAUUCAUUCUUUCCUCUUGCACGCUUUCCUGAACGAAAACCUUUGAAGUCUGGACUAAGUGAAGACUUGUCAUUUCAAACGGAAGUAAAAUUUUUGGAAACAAUAUUCUUAAGGUUAAAAAUAAUACCUUCAGCCUCCCCAAAGAGUGCCAGGAUCAAAAGGCUCAUAUCAACUUCUAGAUAGUGGUUACAAACUCCUGUGAUCUUUACAUCUUGACUUUUGUUUCUAUUUCAAGCACUUCUCUCUUAUUCUUUAAGUGAUUGUGUAGAUGCUCUGUUGUGAUUUUAUGAUUUUUUAAAUUAGGUGUUAUCACUUAUACUUUGCUCUUUUUAACUUGGGUGCUAAGUGUUCUGUUUAUUGGUAAUCUGUCAUAUUUUUGGUCUCCUGGGAUUCUUAAAAACAGCCUUAUAGUGAGAGACAAUUUUUAAGAUGUAAUCUUAUAAUUAAUCUAUUUUAUAUCUCAGUAUUCUGCUGGAAAACAUAUUUUUAGGAAAAAAGUUAUGAAUCUAUAAAAAUUUAAACAUUGUUAGAAUGCUUAAUAUUAUGUACUUUUUUUUUUAAUGCUUCCAGGUUAAGAAAACUUAAUUAUAUACAUUGUAAGUUUACCUCAAGGUUUGAAUUGGGGGUGGGGGACCACACAUCAGGAGGUAGAGUCUAUGCCUACUUUGCAAAAGUCCCUGACUUCCAUUAUCAGCAACACACACACACACCACACACACCACACACACAAAUAAAUCUUUUGAGAUGUUAAGUAAGUACAUACUGCAAAUGUUAACUUUGACUAGUUAUGAGGGAAUCCUUUUCUGCCUUCUGAGUGGCAUUUGUGAUAAGUUCUGAAAGAUAAGUAGGAGUUGACUGAAGGUGAGUGGGUUGUGGCAGAUGUUUCAGAAUUGAGUCAAGGAUUUAUAUAAAGGCCAAGACAGAGAAGGAACAUGAAGCCCUGGAGUAGCGGAAGGAGUGCUGAGAUGUGGGGGCAGUGAGCGAGAGGGCAUGUGACGUCGUCAUUGAAGGACUGAAGGACGGAUCAAGGGAGACUGCCAGAGUUUUAGGAUGUCAGUCUUUUAGAUUGGUGGGAGGAUAAAGGUUUUCAUCAGAUGUGCUUAGAAUGUUUUGUGGCUGUUGUUUAUUUUAUGCAUAUGUGUUCUGCCUUCUUGUGAGUCUGUGCACCAGGUGCAUAGAGUGCCAGAAGGAACGAAGCCAGAAGGUGGAGUGGGAUUCUCUGGGUCUGGAAUUUCAGACAGCUGUGAGCUCCAUGUGGGUGCUGGGAAUUGAACCCAGGUCCUCUGAGUCCUUUUAACCAUCUCUCCAGGGUCAAGAAUGAUAGCUCGUUUAUUGGACAGGGUCUCCUGUUUAGAAGGUGGUCUGGGGAUGACCUUUAACUCUGGUCCCUCCCAUCAGCUCUCAAGUGCUGCAAUUGCAAGCCUGUACCACGACUUGUGUGGUCGGUGCUGGGUUUCUUGCAUGCUAGGCAGGAACUCUACUAACAAAGCUGUCGCUCUCAUCUUCAGAAGGCUGCUUCAAAGGUUCAGUCUGCUUGUGUUGCCUCCAGUGAGUUUAGAGGAAAGCAAGAGCAGUGAAGACGUUAGGUCCAGGUUUCAAGUGUUGAAGGCAGAUGCAGUUAAUACAGAACAGAUGGAAAGAAGUGCGAAAUGGCACUUACUGCCCUGUCAGAGGACCAGAGUGUGGUCGCCAGCGCAAACGUCAGGGAACUCUCACCAGUGUGUAACUGCAGCUCAGUUCCAGGGUACUUGACAACUUUGGCUGCUGUAGGCGCCUGCACACACAUGCGCACACAUACCCACAUACAAACACACGUAUCUACACAUAAGUAAAAUAAUAAAAAUAAAUCUUAUAAAAAGGAAAGAAAGCUGAACAUGGGGGUAGGUUCACGCCUUUAAUCCCAGAACUCAGGGAAGCAGACGGAGGUGGAUCUUUGUGAAUUCAAGGUCUGCAAAGCAAGUCUAAGACAGCCAGGCUGACACAGAGCAACCAUGUCUUGAAAAAUCCAAACAAACAAACAAAUAAAUAGGAAAGAACUGAGUACUUUGAAAAAUAUUUAGAAACUAGAUCAUAUAAAUAAUAAAUAAAUAGGGAAGAAGUGGGCACUUUGAAAAUAUUUAGAGACUAGAUCUUAACAGGCCUUGGAAUUGAAUUUUAUUGAAAAAGAGGAGUUUUCAAAACCAUCCCAGGGUUUGCAGCUUUAAUAAUUAGAGAGCUGAUGGUGCCAUUCUUUGGGAUAAAUGCUCGUUUCUAAGUUGGCCCCUUAUAUUUGAUUCAAGGUAUCCUUGAGAUAUCCGUGUCAAACGUGUAUGUCAAGAGGGCAGCUGGACGGCACAUUUGGGAAUUGGUAUGAACUGGCAGUAGGAGCUUAGAGGGAAGCUAAGAGUAUAAAACUGGGCCCUGGAGAAGCACAUUUAAAGGCUGGGUGGAGGGUGAGCCAAGGAAAGACUCGCGGCCAGAGAGAAGGGAGCAAGCAGAUCGCACGGCCAGAGGAGCUGAGGAGAGCCCCAGAGUGAGCAGUGCCCCAUAAACUCCAGCUACUCAAGGAGUUGCGCCAGUCCUCCACAGAAUACCCAUUCACUAAAUAAAAAUAAUUAUUAGGCAAAGAGCAAUUACUUCAUUGAUUUGUCACUAACAAUUUUCACAUAAGUGGAGACAAAAAUGUAUGCCUUUUGAAUACCUUAGAAUUUGGGCUCAUUUAUUUCUAAAUUAGAGAAAGUGUCAAGCAAAAUAUAAGAAACUAGCAUAAUCACCAGAAUUCUUGUUAACUGUCAGUCAUCCUCUGUACUCCCUCUUGAACAUGUCCUCACAAGGUAAAUUUCAGACAUAACUCUUCCGAGAAAGGUGAGACUCCCCCUAACCCAUUCUCCCUGCCUGAAGCCCUCUAUUUUGACUGCUCUAACUUCCCUGUGCCCUUAUAAUAUCUCAUUGAACCUAACUGGUAUUUGAAUACAAGACCAGGGAUCAUAAUGGCACACGAAAGUAAUUUAAGUUUGGAAAUUAUCCUUUACUUCCAAAAAGCAAAAGGAUCCAUUUAGCUGGUUAGAAAGGAGCAGGCAAACUAUCCGAGCUCAUGUUUCGUCUAUGUCUGGUUGUGCCUUUUUGGUCAGUUGUUUCCUAUAAUGAGCUCACCAGCAAACCCUCCAAUUUCUGUUUGUUGUUGUUUAUUUAAAGGCACUUAGAGAUACGGCUUCUGUUAUUGUUUGUAGAGCCCCAAAAUGCAAUCCCAGCUGUGGACCUGUGUUUUUGUUGGGUUGGCUCUUACAUUUUAACCCAUGAAGCUGUUUUGGAGGUCAUUUGGCCCUGGCUGCUGUGACUACGAGGGUGCUUUAUGUGACAUCACAGUAUAAAUGAAUGACAGCCCAUGACCUGUCAGCUACCAAAGGCAGAUGAUAAAUAAGCACAGGCGUGAUGUUUCCUCCCUCUGCUCUCUGUCUGAAGAUGACAAAUUCCAUCUUUUUCCUAAAGUCCUACAAAAGGUGGAUAUCUUUUUUUGAUGCUUUGGUUUUUAAUUUUUAACUUAUUUGUAAUCAUAUUUCCGUGUUUUAGUGUGUGUGAUUGCACGUGCCCACAGAAGGCAGAUGCCUCUGAUGCCCCUGAGCUGGAGUUAGAGCUGGCGGUGAGCUGCCUGGUGGAGUGCUGGGAAUUGAACUCUGGCUCCUAGGAAGAGCAGUACGUGUUCUUAACCACUGAGCCAUCUCUCUAGCCCCACUUUGAGUUCUUAAAAUUAUGUCUUUACAUAAUUACAAAAUAGACAACAUUAUCUUAAGAGUGCUAGAUUGAUUUCAUAUGUUAAUAGAGAAUUAAGGGAUGAGUUAUGAGUAUUCAUGAUAGAUAUACAAAAUUUGAUUGUGACUGUAGCAAUUGAUUAAAGGUAAAUAAAUUUGAGAUAUUAUAUACUUCUGAAAUUUCAGGCUUUGUUUUUAGAAGAAAGUUCAUACUUAUCCCACCUGGGGUUAACUUUCACACUGAAUUCUUUGUGGACCAAGGUUCUUCCUGUGCUUCCUGUAGUGUUCAGUGAUAGGCCAGUGGCCAAGAACCCAAGUUGGUCUGGCCUGAACUUUUCUUGUAUUUUUCUGUAACUAGAGCUUUACCCCUGGGUUGCUUAGACAUGUGCACCAUGCUUUGAAAGAAGAGGUCUCCAUGUCAGCGUGAAAAUCAAGAGUGCAAAGCAGUACAUCGAUGAGAUCUUAUGUCCUGAGUAAACUAGUAAUUCAGAAUAGAUGUGGAGGAAGUCGAUGUGAGGUUGUCAGUAGGUUCAGAGGAGAACACAAACACGUGCAUUGUAAUUAAGAUGCUAAUCUAAGCCAGUCGGUGGUGGUCCUAUCACUUAGGAGGCAGAGGCAGGUGGACCUCUGAGUUCAAGGACACCCUUGUAUACAGAAUGAGUUCCAGGAAAGCCAGAGCUAAACAGAGAAACUUGUCUCGAAAAACCAAUGAACCAACCAAAAAAAGAUGAACACAGGUGUGUGGCAAAUACAAAAAUCUCCAAAGAGUGACAAGAAGCAUAAAAAACUAGACAAGUAUUUUUCAUACAGGAUAACCAAAGUUUUGAAAUUCUUAUUAUACAACAAAAGCAAUAAACAGAACUAAAAACAAGUUUUUAUUUAUGAUCAUAAACAAUUCUGAUAGAACUAAGGUGCAAAGCUUAUGACUAAUCUUCAGACAUGCAAAAUUGCAUCGGACAGUUACUCUUUGUUCAAUAUCUAUUUUAACUUGUAACUAAUUUGUUCAUGUAUUUACUGGUAAAAUUAAAAUUAAAAUUAGAAAGAAAAGAUAAUGGCUCUUGUUCUAAAAAUAAUAACUAAU